UUAUAUAACUAAAAUUAAAAUUAUAAUCCACAACUCAAAUUAGUUAAUAUGGAUGAAAAGCCAAACGAUAUAUGGGAGGAUACUGAUGAUAGUAAAUAUCAGUUGCAUGUUACAAUUUCUACUAUUGAUUCAACUAUUAAACCAGAAAAUGUAGAUGAAAGUGUAGUUUAUAUAGAAGAUUUAGAAAAAAGAAAACAAGCAUAUGGAAUAUGUGGAGAAUGUAAAGAACCUGGUACAGGAUAUAAAUGGUGUCAACCUUGUAAUGCUAAAAGAUUUAAAGAUAACUUUAAAAAUUGGACUAGUGGAAAUAAAGAUAUUGAUGAAUUUAUACAACAAUCACAACUUAAUGCUGUAUAUUUCAGAAACUGUCUUGAAUGGGUACCUUUUGAAAAAUUUCAAAAUAUUACUUAUAUUGCAGAAGGUGGUUUUGGUAAGAUUUAUUCAGCUGAAUGGCCUGAAGGACAUGUUGGUUAUUGGGAUAUUGAAAAUCAAAAAUGGGAUAGAUUCAAAGGGUUUGAUAAAUAUGCAUUAAAAAGUUUGAAUAAUUCUUCUAAUAUAUGUUCAGAUUUUUUAAAUGAGAUUAAAUCUCAUCUUCAGAUUUAUCUUGUUGAUAUUGUUCAAUGUUAUGGAAUUACUCAAGAUCCAAAUAAUAAAGAGUAUAUGAUGGUUUUUUUUUAUUGUGAAAAUGGAAAUUUGAGAAAUUAUUUAAAUAAAUCAAAUAAUUAUAUUAAUUAUAAAUCAAAAAUUCAUCAAUUACAACAAAUUGCAAGUGGACUUUUAGAUAUUCAUAAUGCUGAAAAAGUUCACAAAGAUUUUCAUUCAGGUAAUAUAUUAAUUGAUGGUAUUUAUUCAUUUAUAAGUGAUUUAGGAAUGUGUCAAUCAGCAAAUAAGCAAAAAGUUAAAGAAGAAGGAAUUUAUGGAGUAUUACCAUAUAUGGCACCAGAAAUUUUACGUGGAUACCAAUAUACAAAAGCAGCAGAUAUUUACUCAUUUGGAAUAAUAAUGAACGAAUUUCUUUCUGAAGAAAUUCCUUUUAAUGAUAUUCCUCAUGAUGAUUUUUUAGCUAUUAAAAUUUGUAAAGGACUUAGACCAACAAUUUCUACAGACAUACCAAAAUUAUUUGCAGAUUUAAUAAUAAAAUGUUGGAAUGCUGAAAUAAAAAAUAGACCAACCACAAAAGAAUUGUAUCAACUAUUAAGGAAAUGGCAUGAUGAAAUUAAAGAUAUUGAAUAUAGUGAUGAUGAAGAUAUUGAAGAUAGUGAAGAAAUUAAUGAAAAUUGUGACAAUAGUCAAAAUAAUGAAAUAUAUUUUCAAAUAAAAGAAUGUGAUAAAAUUAGAAAAGAAAAAUUCAAAAACAGAUCAAAUGAAGAUAAAUCCAAAAGCUUCAAAACACAUCCACAAGCAAUUUAUACUAGUAGACUUUUAAAUUUCAAAAAUCUUCCAAAACCAGUAAAUUCUUCAGAUUUAUCAUCUUUUCAAUUCAGUUCAGUAGAUACUAAUUAUACUGCUCAAUCAACAUCAACAAAUCCAAUUUCAGAAUGCUUAGAUGUUCAAUUAAGUGAAUUGGAACUAAAUGAAAUUUGUCAAGAUAGUGAACAUAAUAUUGAAUGAAGUAUCUUUUAUGUGAAAAUUAGAGUCAAAUAGUUUAAAUUACUAGUUUGAAUGUUGAAGUUAGUUUCAUUUUUAUUUUUCUUUCAUUUAUACUUUAUAAAUUUUUAUCUUAGUUUUUUUAUUUACAAUUUUACAUAGUAUAUCAUAUAG